GCAUUGAUACAACUUAGUACAAGGUCAAGGACAAACGUAGUACUGCGAGUGAGUGUCAACAUGAAAACGCACUGCGAGCGAUUUGUAAACAAUACAAUUUCGCUUGAUUUUGAAUGGCCAUAAAUCGCUAGAAUACUGUUGUUUAGUAAUAGAUUUGACAUCCGUAAGUACAAUUUCUUACGCUGAAUCGAACGUUGGUAUUUUUAUCUUUGUUGCGCCAUUAGGCAUUACGAAACAUUAUAUUUCACAAUACAGUUUUCACCGCGUUUCCACAGCUAUUAACUAAUAACUAUUUAAUAGAGACUGUUGUUGGAUAAAUUUUAUAUUGAUAUGACACUAACAUGCUUCUCAUAAAGUAGUUAUCUAUUAAAACUACGUGGUGUAGUUUACUGUAAGUUAUAACCUUUUACCUUGAAAUUGUCUUUGCCUUUGGCUCGUUUAUAUCCAGAUUCAGUAUAUUAUAUGAAUAUUAUGAUCGUGCAUGGGAAUUCGACGAUCCAAAUUUCGGAUUUUCAGAGCCGUGCACCAAGAAAAAUGCAUGAACUAAACUAGCAAGAAUGUCUAGAGUUAGACACAAUACAAAAUCCAUAAAAAACAGGUACAAUUCGUUAAAAAUUUUAACGAAAUUUUUUGAAAUAUUUUGCCCACUCCACGAAAGGCCGCCAUUUUGAUAUUAGGCAGCUCAUUAAUAUUCUAUUUUGUGGCUAUCGAAGAAAAUUGGAGAUCCACUAUUGCUGAUCCACUAUUGCUGAUCCACUAUUGCUGAUCCACUAAAAAUACGUGCCGAAACCUAUACUCGCCAGGGCACAGAGUGCCCCAGCGAGUAAAAAGAUGAAUGAACUAGAAACAGCUAGUCAAAAUGAUUUUAACCUUUUCUGGAAAACACUAAAGAACUUGACAGACGACCUUAAUACUGAAACUAAUUCUGAAAACUCACCAAAAAAUCAUGAAUGGUACUCACAUUUUGAACAACUACAUUGUGAUCACCAUCUUAGUGAAGAACAAGAAAAAAUUAUCGGAAAAUUGAAACAGAAGGAAAAUUCGAAAAAUCUUCUCAAUGAGCUUGAUACGGAAAUAACAAUUGAAGAAAUAAUAAAAACAGCUAAGAAAAUAAAAUCUAAAAAAGCUGCACACUCAGAUAAAAUCAACAAUGAAAUGAUAAAAUAUAGUGUUGAUAUCCUUGCCAAUGGUUUUAUAAAAGUAUUCAACACAAUAAUGAAAUCCGGAAAGUUCCCAACUUUAUGGUGUGAAGGACUUAUCUCACCAAUUUUUAAAUCCGGGAACAAAUUAGACCCAAGUAAUUACCGAGGAAUAUGCGUAUCAAGCUCGUUAGGAAAGUUCUUCUGCUCUGUCCUCAAUGAAAGACUGAUGAACAUUUCAAAAACUAGAGAAUUGUUACACCCUUCUCAAAUUGGUUUCCUACCAAAUAACAGAACAGCCGAUCAUAUUCUUACCUUAAAAACGUUGCAUGAUAAAUACGUUAAUCAAAAUAAUGAGAAAAUUUACGCAUGCUUUAUUGAUUUUAAAAAGGCCUUUGAUUCUGUCUGGCAUGAAGGUCUUUAUUUGAAACUAUUAGAAAAUGGAAUUGGAGCUAGAUGCUUCUAUGAUCUGAUAAAGGAUCUGUAUUCUAAUACUCGGUGUGCAGUGAAAGUAUCGGGUCAUAGAACACCCUUCUUCUCAUACAAUCGAGGUGUACGCCAAGGUUGUGUUUUAAGCCCCCUUCUCUUUAAUCUUUACAUAAACGAACUUCCUAAUCUAUUUGAAAAAGUAAACCCAGACCCAUUUCUUUUACCAAAUGGAACGAGGCUAAGUAGUCUACUAUAUGCGGAUGAUCUUGUCAUACUAUCAAGAUCAAAUUCUGGUCUCCAAAAUUGUUUAGACUCCCUCAAUGAAUGGAGAAAAAAAUGGCUAAUGAAUAUUAAUUUGAAAAAAACCAAAGUUAUGAUCCUACAAAAACAUAACUCUAAACUUCAAUCACUCGACUUUUUCUUGGGAGAUAAACGUAUUGAUAUCACAAACGAAUACACUUAUCUCGGUCUAAAACUGACUCCUAACACUAAAUUUUUAGUUGCGACUCAGCAACUCAGUGAAAAGGCUAUGCAUGCCUUAUUUAAAAUACGGAAAAAUCUUGAUUUUCAGAAACUUACACCAAAACUUGCCAUAAAAAUCUUUGAUGGCAUAGUCUCUCCAAUCUUACUUUAUAACUCUGAGGUUUGGGGAGCCUAUGGUAACAACGAUUUUACUAAAUGGGACAAAACUGGUACUGAGAAAACACAUCUGAAAUUCUGCAAACUCUAUUUAGGUGUGAACAGGAAAGCGAGCAAUGUCGCUAGUAGGGGUGAAUUAGGUAAAUUCCCUCUGUUAAUCCCCAUAUUCAAAAGAUUAUUUUCUUACAUUAACCAUCUUAGUCAAUUACCAGAUACAAGUAUAGCGAAACAAACUUUUUACCUAUCAAAAAGACUUUACUCAAACGGCAAAGAUUCAUUCUAUUCUAAUGCUGCAAGCAUUAUUAAAAAGUUUCAUCCCGAUAUCGAAGAUACAAUAGAUAUUGAAAAAUUUGUUCAGGAUACAAACAUACACGAUUUUGUAAAAACCAUUAAAGAUAACUACACAACAUUUUGGAAAAACCAAAUUAAAAACUCUAGUAAAUUGUCAUUCUAUUCUACAUUUAAAAACCACUAUAACUUAGAAGAAUAUCUAAAUAUCAUUAAAGACCCUAAUCAAAGAAGACUGUUCUCAAAAUUUCGUAUAAGUAAUCAUAAACUAGAAAUUGAGUUCGGUCGUUAUAGCGAUGUACCUCGACAGGAGAGACUGUGUAAAUACUGCAAUAAAAUUGCAGUUGAAGAUGAAUUUCAUUUUUCAUUUGAAUGUGAAAAAUAUGAGAAUUUGCGAAAUAACUCGCACAACAUCCUAAAAGACUAUUUCCAUAUGAACAUCACUGAUGAAUUAAAGAGAAAAUUAUUAAGUGAUCUUAUGUCCUUGAAUGACCCUGUGAUAACAGAUCUAUUUUCGGAACAUAUUUCGAAAUGUUUUUAUAUCAGAGACAACAGCCCUUAAACCAGAAGUCACAAGUUUCUAUAUAUUAUAUAACUUUCCUUUCCCUUUUUUAUAUUAUCCUCUUUCUAAUCCUUUCUUAAAUUUUGAUAUUUGUUCUGUCAUAUGAUGAUAUAUCCUUCAUAUUUGAUAUAUUAUACAUGUAAAUAGCGGUAUAUUGUUUUUAGUUAGUUAAAGUAGUUUAUACACCAGUUAACAUUUAUAUAUACUUACUAUUACGCUUAGCAAUACCUGUAAUUAGGUCAUGCAAAUAAAGCUUAUUAAUAAUAAUAAUAAUAAUACGAUGCCUGAUAUUAUUAAAUCACUAAAGCUAGAGAAUGACAACCUUAAAAAACAAAUUGAUGCUCUUAAGAAGGAUUUUAUGAAACUUGAAGAAACGUUGUCGUCGACACUGAAAAUCAGCGAAGCAUCAAAAGUGGAAAACGUGGGCCAUUCAAGUCUUGCAACAAACGUUGAAGUUACCCAAAGUCUAGAGUUUCUUAGCGGCAAGUUUGAUGACCUAAAUAAACUCCACUUGGAAGUUAAUUAAACAAGAAAUUCAUCGAUUUAACUCCCGCCUAGACGGCCUUAGCAAACAAGUCGAAGGCGUAGCAGACGCUAUAGACGAGAUUCAACGCUACAGCUAUCAAUAUAAUGUUAAGAUUCUUGGUAUUCCUGAGACAAAACAAGAUGAAUCGUCGUUUGACACUACUGCUCUCUGCGUUGGGCUUUUCAAGGGUAUGGGAGUUGAUAUAAAUCAUGAAGACAUCGAUAUAUCUCACCGCGUGCCAAUUAGAAAAGUGUCCAUUCACCCGAAGCCGAUUAUCUGCAAAUUUGUGCGAAGAAUUUCAAAGGAGCGUGUUAUGAGCUUAAAACGAGAUGCAUGCAAAGUAAACCCAGUCGAUGUUGGCCUGCCAGAGAAUUCCUCGUUAAAUAAUGUCAAAAUAUUCGACCAUCUUACACCUAAGACUCAGAGUAUUCUCUUUGAAGCAAAGAAAUGUAAAGACCAACACAAUUACAGCUUUUGCUGGACAAAGAAUUCCACAGUUUAUCUUAGAAAAUCCGAAGAUUCAAGACCAAUAAUAGCAUUUUUAAACGAUAACUCCUUUAAUAAAUUAAUUUAUGAACAAACCCACGGUACUUUAAAAUUUGAUGAAGACCGACUGGAAUUACUGCUUUUUAACCCUAUAGAUCAACCUAAGUCAAAUGACGUUUUUUCUAGUUAUCUUGAUCCAGAUCUAAAUGCUUUCCAACACUCUGCGAGUAAUUACAUGGUUGAAGACGAAUUAAACACAAAAUUAGACGACAAUAACAAUAGUUUUUCUCUGUUGCACUUAAACGCGCGUAGUCUGCUUGGAAAUUUGGACAAAUUUUAUUAUCAAACAUAAAAAAAGCUUUUUCAGUUAUUGGAAUAACUGAAAAGUGGCUACAUGAUCAAACAUAUGAUUUAGUUGAUAUUUCUGGUUAUAAAUUCGUCUCCAAUCAUCGUACUACAAAACUCGGUGGUGGACUAAUAAUAUAGUGCGAAAUUAAAUUCUAAAUUGUUUACCUUUUUAUCCUUUCUCCGCGCUAUCAGACGUUCGACUUCAAACACGCCAACUAUCCGAGGUUUCAUCUUUUUCUUUUUUCGUCUAAAAGGAUAUCCACCGAACUUAAAUUGUGGAGAAUACUGUAUAGAACAGAGCAUUUCGCAGAAGUUCGAGUCGCCAUUUUGUUUUAUGAAUACUAUUAUCAAGUGAUUAACUGCUGACCGAACGCGGCCGAAAAAUGUCCCAUAUUUUUGGUAAUGAGUAGGGCUUUAUCUACAAAACAGCCUUGAGUACAAAUUAUGUUCAAAAUGCAAUUACACAAAUCCGGUUUGAUUGAAUCUAUUUUUGUGGAGAUUUGCAUACCAAAUGGGAAAAACAUUUUUGUAGACACAGUUUACCGACCACCCAAUCAAAACAUAGCGGCUUUCUUAGAAAAAUUCAAUAAAAUAAUCUCUAUUAUCUCAAAAGAUAAUAAACCAUGUUAUGUAAUGGGGGAUUUCAAUUUGGAUUUGUUUCAUUAUAAUCAUCACGCACUUACUCAAGAAUUCGUUGACAACCUAUUCUCGCACAUGUUCUUCCCUCUAAUUACCAAACCUACCCGACUAACUUCGCACUCUGCAACAUUACUCGAUAAUAUAUUCACUAAUAAUCCGACAAGAAAAAUACUAAACGGUAUUCUUCUUAACGACAUUUCAGAUCACCUGCCUGUAUUUGCAUAUAUUUACAAUGGUCCCCUACUCCACUAUCGUUUUAAGAAAACGAUAAAGCGUAAUUUUAGCGAAUCAAACUGAUCUAAAUUUCAAUCUUUUUUAACACAAACAAACUGGUCAAAUAACCUAUCUAAACAGGAUCUAAUAAAGCUUGUAACACUUUUUUGGCGGAAUACACUAAAUUUUAUGAAUUAUGUUUUCCUAUUAUAACUAUAAAAGGAAACCAGCGCAAAAAAAAUUAACAACCCUUGGAUUACAAAGGGGUUAUUGAAAUCAAUCUGAAAAAAGAAUAGAUUGCAUGUAUAAAAUAUUUUUAAAAAACCCCGAUUUUAUACGUGAAUUACACUAUAAGAAAUAUAGAAAUAAGCUACUCAACCACCAUAUAAAAAAUGCCAAGCGCUUGUACCAUGAAAAAAAUUUGAAUAUGCAAAAAACGAUUUAAAAGUAACUUGGAAUCUCUUAAAUGAGGUUAUAAACAAUAAAAAAAGUAAAUCGUCUUUGCCAUUGUCUUUCAAAAUUGAUGAUAAAUUAACCUCGGAUCCAAUGGACAUUGCUAAUGGAUUUUGCAAAUAUUUUACCAACAUCGGACCAAAUUUGGCAAAUAAAAUACCCAUGACCAAUACUUCCUUUUCUUCAUUUUUGACUGACAACACAAAUUAUUCCAUGAAUGUUUUGAAACCCACUAGUACAGCUGAACUAGAAGAAAUUUGCCAGAAUUUUAAAUCUCAGAAGGCGCCAGGUUCUGACAAUUUGUCAAUGCAUGUGAUAAAGAGUUCUUUUAGUUUAAUAUCGGAACCAUUGAAGGAUAUCAUUAACCUUUCAUUUGCCAAAGGGGUGUUUCCGGACAAAUUGAAAAUAGCUAAAAUUAUCCCCAUAUAUAAUGCGGAAGAUCCUGAAAAAUUUACUAAUUAUAGGCUAAUAUCACUUCUUUCAAAUCUUGCGAAAUUUUUUGAGAAAGUAUCGCAUAAUCGUUUAAUAGAACUUCUGCAAUACGUAACAUUUAAUAACCAGGAAUCUCCCAAACAGGCAAUGGUAAGUGGCAUUCCACAGGGAAGUUCGCUGGGUCCAUUACUGUUUUUAAUUAAUAUUAAUAACAUAUCAAAUUGUUCAGACAAAGUAUCUAUUAGAAUAUUUGCCGACGAUACUAAUAUAAAGCUUUGCCUCCUCCAACUCAAUUAAAGAUCUUGAAAUAUUAAUAAAUGAAGAGCUUACCACAGUAAAAAAAUGGUGCGAUUUGAAUAAGCUCUCUAUAAAUAUAAAGAAAACUAAUUAUAUGAUAGUCAAAUCUUCCAAUAAAAAAAUCACCGAAAAUAUAAAUAUUAAGAUAACAAAUAAAGAUGGAACAAUUUAUUGCCUUGAAAGAAAAUAUCAUAUUAAGUAUUUAGGAGUGUUAACUGACGAAAAACUCUCAUGGAAAUAUCAUAUAGCGUAUAUUUGUUCUAGAUUGGCUCGCAAUAUUGGUAUCUUUUACAAAUUAAGACAUUAUAAGACUUUAGCUUAACUUAAAGGGUAUGGGCAAUGAAAAUUGCUUCAUCUAUCUUAUUGCUUCGUCUGAAAGAGCAUGAAAAAAUAAGCCGAUUGGCCGUUUAAUGCUCUAUUCUAUCUCAUCCAGUUCCGAAGUUAUACGCAAAAAUGUGCAAAAUAUAAAUUGCUGAUUCAGCACAACGUGUGAUGUCAUUAGCUGGGUAAGUAUGUUUAUUGAAUAUUACACUGAAGCAUAGCUCAGUUAUUAAGGGCCCAAAUCAAAUGAAAUUUUGGAUACUGAUUGUACAUGAUGAGACGCAUGGAAAAACACUUCUAAUUUUGUUGCCAAGGUAACAAUGUCGUUCCCAGGCCCCUUGCGCCAAUUUUAUAAAACAGCUUUAUUCAAGGUACUGAUAAAAUAAAAUAAAAUAAUAUCAGAAGUAUGUGUACGAUACCUAUGCAUGCCGAAAGUUUACUUGCAUAAUAAUAAUUCGAAAAUGACAUACACAUAGAGAAAUGCAACUAGUUAUUCAAAAUCAGUGUAAGGGGCCUGGGAACGACUGUGUUGCCUUGACAACGAAAUUAGAAGUAUUUUCCCAUGCGUGUCAUCAUGUACUAUCUAUAUGCAAAAUUUCAUUUGAUUUGAGCCAAUAAUAACUCAGCUAUGCUUUAGUUUACUAUUCAAUAAACAUACUUACCCAGCUUAUGACGUCACACAUUGUGCUGAAUCAGCAAUUUAUAUUUUGCACAUUUUUGCGUAUAACUUCGGAACCAGAUGAGAUAGAAUAGAGCAGUAAACGGCCAAUCGGCUUAUUUUUUCAUGCUUUUUCAGAUGAAGCAAUAAGAUAGAUGAAGCAAUUUUCAUUGCCCAUACCCUUAUUUACCCGUACAUAUCAUAUGCCAUAUUGACAUGGGGAAGUACCUAUAAAACGCAAAUAAAAACGUUCAAAUAAAACAGCAUACAGUAAUAAGGGUUAUAUUCUUUGCUAUAACGUAUGGACAGAAUACAGAAAGUGCCUUUCCGUUUAUGUGAUUAUUAGAUAUUCUCGAUGUCGAAUCACUAUGUAAAUUGCAAAUUCUUAAGUUUGCUUAUUUAUGGCAAAGAAAUGAAUUACCGGAUUUUUUCAUGACUAUUUUCAGUUUGCUUGUGAUGUCCAUUCAUAUAAUACGAGGUAUGCCACCAGAAAGAAUUUUUAUAAACCUCGAACUAGAAUUAAUAUUGGAAAACAGUCUGUAUCUUCCAUAGCG